AUGGGGGUUUUUCUGUUGCCCAAGACCCUGUGCAAGAGAAUAAAUUCCUUAAUCAGCAAGUUUUGGUGGGGGCAUCAACACAACAUCACUAAGGCAGCUUGGAUGAGGUGGGACAGCAUGGGAAAAUCUAAGUCUUCUAAUGGUAUGGGCUUCAGGGACUUGGAAGUAUUUAAUCUUGCAUUACUAGCCAAGCAGGGGUGGGGAUUAGUGCAGCAGCCAAAAUCUAUGGUGGCAACUAUCCUGAGGGAUAAAUACUAUCGGGGUGGUGAGUUUAUGCAUGCUUCAUUGGGCCGAAAUCCCUCAUAUGCAUGGAAAAGUUCAUUCAAAGCGAGGGAAGUGUUGGAAAGGGAUCUGGUUUGGCGAGUUGGGAAUGGGAACAAAUUAGGAUUUGGGGGGAUCAGUGGCUCCCAAUUCCUUCUUCUUAUAAGGUCUAAUUUCCUGUGA